UUUAUGGCACUGACUGAAAUAAGGUGUCUUAGUAACAUUCUCUUAAGAAUCAUUUUCCCUAAAGAUAUUUGCAAGCGUAAGUCCAGCUUACUAAAGGAGUAACUUGCCAACCAAAAUCCUAUAGACUAGAGAAACCAGUGGCUGCCUUUCUACAUUUUUUUAGCAAUAAAAGUUUAGGUUAAUCUGUUGCUUGUCAGAUGCCGUCCCUGCAACAUGAAGUCCUCUGGUUAGUCCCUAGAACAGGUACAGCACAACAUGCAAAUGGUGCCACAGGGCCCAGAACCUGGCCUGGAGGGGACAAGACAACAUCUGUGGAUAAAGGACUAGCCCAGUUCUCAUGCUCAUUCUACACCUGACCUUCCUGCUCAGCAAAGGUGCUAGAUGUGAUGAGUAUUUGAAUGUAUCUGUGAACCUAUCAACUGGACUCCGUCUUUUCACAUAGGCCACUCAGCAUCCAUCAGAUGGCAACAACUUGGAGUUUGUCAGACAUUGAUUAAUUGAUUCACUUUGCCUACCUCAGUGGGUCAAAUUCUGUGCUCCAUUACAGCCAGGCAAUGCCAUUAUAAAUUGACAGGAUUGUAAGGCUGCAGGUAACUGGGCGAGCCCAGUACGUGUAAUAGAAGUGCACGUCCGUGCUCGUGAAAACAUGCUGUAAUUUGAAAGGUUGCCAUUAUGCACUGUGCGCUAUGUACAGUCAGCAUGGUAUGCUGCAAACACUCCAGGAUCUGUUGUUCACGUUUUAUUUUGGGAGUUUUGCAAACUCUGCAUGUUUUUCCUGGUCCUGCUUUUAGUAAACUUCCCUAUCAAGGAAUUGUGCCAUAUAGCACUGACAGGACUUGUUUUGAGAUUCUCCAGGUCUGAAUGAAUUCAUCAGCAGAAAAUGAAGGGCCCAAUUUCUUCUUCUUUUUAAAACGCUGACUGUAUUGAAAGUGCCUGACCUACAGGCGUAUGUGAAUAUUUCAUCGCCAUGGACCCUAUUUAAUCCCAGCUGUUCAGUAAUGACCAUAGGGUGUCUGUCUGUCUCUCUCUCUCUCUCUCUCUCUCUAGGAAACUAUUGGCUAAGGCCCUUCUUUUCCCCAAGCUGGGACUUUCCCGUAUGCUGAGUAAGCUGUAGUCAUUUGAGGAUCACUCUCCAUGCUUACAGUGUGGUGCUGAUUACCAGAUUAAUGUACGGCUUCAUGAAGCAGGGUCCUAGAGCAGUAGAGUAGUUGUUUUUUUUUAUUCUUACUGAAAACUCUAUCCACUUGCCCCAAAUGAAAUCGGCUAUGCUUAAAAUCCCAGCUCUUUGACUUAGGAUAGCAAGCUUAAUGCUGAUGCAAGUCUGGCUCGAGCAUCUCAUCAACACCCUGUUCUGCCUGCCUGCCUUUUUUUUUUUUUCCCAAAAUACUCAACUUGCAUGCAAGAACACAGCUGUCUGGGGAAAGAAGGGAAAUGUGUUUUGAGAACUCUCAGCUCCAGGUCACUGACUUGAGCCUCACCCAAAUUUGUAGCCACCAAAAGGCCAUCAAAAUCUCAGAUAGUAAAAUGAGUAGACAGGGGCCUGUGAUACAGAAACCCCCAUCAAACCUGACUCUUGUUCAGUCUAAGCAGAGAGGCUAAAGACAAAAAGUGAGACUAAACUAUCCUGACCGUUAGCUUGUGGCCAUCACAGUAAGUGGGAGGUUGAGACCCAUUGGCAUGGCUGGUUGGGCAAUCUUGUAUUGCUUCUAGCCAUGCUGCACCUAUUUGGACAAACAAGUUACUUUAAUUUCUAGGAUUGUCAGUGCAGCACCGAACUCCAACAAAAGUCAAGACAUUGGAGAGGAGAAUGCAGGGAUGGAUACAACCGUGGUAGACUGAGCGGAUCUCCUUGGGAAGUUAAGUUAGUUGUCUAACCUUGGCUGUGGUCCUUUCUAAUGUUGCAUUGCUCAAAGUACCACUAAGGACAUUUUGAAAAUUUUGCUGUAUGGUUUUCAGCGCCUCAGUUUUACCCUAAAAUGGUUUCACAUCAGAUAAAACGAAUCUGAUCUGUAAAAUAAAAAACAAGCAUUCGGAGAGAGAAAUACUUGUCAAAAGCAGAGGGUGGCUGCAGGGAGUUCAGGCAACCAAAGGCUGCAUCAGACAUGCCUGGGCAUGGUGAAUACUAAUACUUCAGACAGAUAAUCUGUAUUUUGCUCACACCCAGCUCAGACUCCAUUAAAGCUCUGAGGCUGCAGGAUUUUCAGCUCUCAUCUGGUUAAUUCUCUGUAACACAUUCACCAUGUUCCUCGCUCAAGCCUUGCUUGGUGGAGGGAGCAGUGGUGGAGGGGGCCUUGCGAGAGGCCUUGGGGGUCUUUUAGCAGGAGGUGGACAAGGAGGAGGAAAUCUUGGAGGACUCGUUGGAGGACUCGUCAACAUUAUCAGUGAGGUAGCAGCUCAGUACACCCCAGAGCCACCCCCACCUCCUCGCAGCCACUUCAUGAAUGUGGAAGCCGGCGAGAGCGAGGAGAUGCGUCAGUUCCGCCGACUCUUUGUCCAGCUGGCUGGAGAUGACAUGGAAGUGUGCGCCACCGAGUUGAUGGACAUUCUGAACAAGGUGGUGGCCAGACAUAAAAACCUGAAGACAGAGGGCUUCAGCCUGGACACGUGCCGGAGCAUGGUGUCAGUCAUGGACAGCGACACAACCGGUAAGCUGGGCUUUGAGGAGUUUAAGUAUCUGUGGAACAACAUCAAGAAGUGGCAGUGCGUGUACAAAGAAUACUGCUCUGACCAGUCGGGAACUCUUGGGAGUGCUCAGCUGCCAGGUGCCUUCAAGGCUGCAGGCUUCCAGCUGAAUGACCAGCUCUACCAGAUGAUCAUUCGCAGAUACUCUGAUGAAAAUGGGAGCAUGGAUUUCAAUAACUUCAUCAGCUGCUUGGUGCGACUGGAUGGCAUGUUCCGUGCCUUCAAAUCCCUGGACCAAGAUGGAGACGGCCUGGUGAACAUGAACAUUGAAGAAUGGCUGCAGCUAACCAUGUACUCCUAAGAGAGCACAUUGGAAUGAAAUACACUCCAACUGCGUGCUCUUGUUAAUGCCUGUGUUACUAAUGGGAGCCUUUCUCCUUGUUGCUCAAGAGCCACUGUUUGUGAAGUCAUUACAAGCUGUGUUGCUAUGAAAGAGCACGCAACACUUCAAUGCUUAAAAACCCCUUAGUUUAUUGUGAAAUGUUUGUUUUUUUUACCGUGUACGUUUUACAGUUGUUUGGAUUGCUGAGGGGCUCGAAAAUGGAGCAUUUCUUGAGCUGUGCAAGAUUCUGUGUGUGUGUGCGCGCGCACGCAAAUGCAUAUGGGUACCUAUCAUAGAAAACUAGAUUUGGAUUCAAAAAGGAGAGAAUGUUGGUGGGUCAGAGUAGUUGUUGCUAAGGCUUUCUUCUCAUGUAGCUUGUUGGUGGCUGGUGGACGUAUACACAUAAUAGAGAAUACAUUUCUGAUUUUUUUUUCUUAAGAUUGGGGUUGUUCUUGAUGACUAUUUUGAUUUUUAUGUAUUAUCUAUCAGAGCUUAUUUUGCUGGAGACAGAAGCUGUGCUUGCCUGCAGGGAAAUUGCUAGUAAAUAGAGGUGUACUGAUUUCUAAUUUGUAAGGAAUUAUUUGUAAUGGGGAAAAUAAAUUGGAGUUGUAAUUAUUAUAAUAAUCAGUGGAUUUUGAGAGACAAAUUAAAAUCUCUCCUCUUUCCUACUUUUGCUGUCUCAUUGUUUUCGGCUGAAAUGUUUCCUGGAGACCUGGUGCUUGGCAUAUACUCUUUUUAUUCCUGCAGCCUUCUAAUAAAUAUUUGUAUUGUAAAGUGCAAUAAUCUGAGCAGUGCUAAAAUACAGAAUUGCCUUUUGAGAGGGCUGUUGAACUGUUGCGAUCAUCUGUUAGACAGACAGAUGGACAAAUUCAGCCUUGGCUUAUCUCCAUUGAAGUGGAGUUUCCUCAGGGAUGAAUUUGACCCACAAUCUCCAACUACACUAAUUCCAUUCAUGUCAGGGCAGAGAUGCUUGCAGUAGCGUUAAAAGGCAAGAAGCAGCAGGAACUGUAGGUGUGUGUGCCUGCGGUUCAGAGUGUCCUUGGCUGCUUUAAAGCAAAAUUUAUUUUACAUGGGCCUAGUUGAUAUUAACAUGUGUGAGAGAGAGAGGGAGAGAGCUGAAUGGAAUGAGUCAAGCAGCCAUCUCUAGUUACAAAUAUCCAGAGGCCUAUGCCCCUCCUACACUACCUUUGUAAGAAAGUGUCAGCAGCAGCUAACUAAACAACAGAGGGGUUGCAUUUGAUUAUUAACAGGUUGAUGUAUUUUGAAAUCAUUACAGCUUCCAUUUCUACGUUUCUGGAAAAUACCGUUCACUGAGUCUGUGUACAAAUUGUCAUUGAAAUCUGAUCACCUGUUCGCAAUGUACGAACCAUCGUUUAAAUCGCUUACGGUGCAUGAUACCAGACUGAAUGACAGGAACUUAGUAAAAAUAAAAUAGUCAAAUUGUGACAAAAUAGGCUAACUCUUGAACCACAACCACCACUCAUUCACAAAUUAGUCAAUCAAAGAAGCAUACUUUUAUCUACAUAAGCAUUAAGACUAGGUGGGUAAUAAUCCCAGUGAAAGAGAGAGAAUGACACCUUUUGUGAAUGUUGCUAUAUUAAUGUUUGCUCUAGAAUCUGUGUCUUUCAGGCUAGUGAGAUCUCACCUGUAAUUGUUGGGCAGGGAAGGAUUAAAAUAACAACCUCCUGCAAGAUGUUCCCUAUUAUGAAAAUGAGACCUGUAAAAGCAUGUCCCUACUGCUGUGUCCAGUAGAAAUUCCUCUCUCUCUGUUGCAGACCUAUAAGCGAUUGUGAUGAUUUUCUUUGACAUGCAUGAACAGUUCUCCUAGGAAAUAUGGUUUCCGAAUCAAACUAGAAACUAUGGUAAAAGUCAACAUGAAAACUAUCCCUGUUAUGACGCCUUUUAUAGGCACAGUGCAAGUUGGGCCCCUUGGGCAGUGGCACCUCAGGCUUUUUCCACAUCACUUUUGCAUCCACCUGGCCUUGGAAGGGGUUUUGCUAGUUGG